UCCACUUGGGAGUUGGUGGGAUGGUGUGGCUAUAAAGAUACUGUUGUAUACCUCAGGCUGCUUCCUGGCCUGAUCUUUCUCUUGCUCAUUUCAGCACAUUCUUUAUCUUCAACCAGUUUGAGUUGUGAAAAUGGGGAACUGCCAGGCCAUUGAUACAGCCACGCUAGUGAUACAACAUCCAUCUGGGAAAAUCGACAAAUUUUAUUGGCCUGUGAAUGCCAGCGAGAUUAUGAGGAUGAACCCAGGUCACUAUGUUGCUCUUCUCAUUUCUACCACCUUGUGCCCAACUCAUAAUAACAAUACUGAUGGAUGCCCCACCAACAGCAACAAUGGCAAUUCUGUUAGGUUGACCAGGAUUAAGCUUCUUCGCCCAACUGACACUCUUGUUCUUGGACAAGUUUAUAGACUCAUCACUACUCAAGAUGCGAUGAAAGGGUUGUGGGCAAAGAAGAAUGGGAGGAUGAACAGGAACAAGCCAGAAUUGGCUGAAAAGCCUGAGAGGAUUCAUGAGAAGCCGAAAAGAUCUCACCUUGACAAAGAAAAUCAGGGGAAGAAAUAUGAAGGAAACCCACCAAGAUCAACGUCAUCAUCAACUAACACAGCUGCACCCAGACCAAGAAUAUGGCAACCCUCAUUGCAAAGCAUCUCAGAAGCUGGAAGCUAAUCCUGGUUUUUCUCUUCCUUCUCACCCAGUCUAGAGUAAGACUGCAGAAGAGCCAGAGACUCCAACAGCACACAAAUCUAGCCUUGUUAAACCUGUUAAAAUUACAAAACAAGAGAGUAGUUUGGUAAUGGAGAAAACAUAAAUUAUCGAGUGUGGAUCUGAUAAUGCAUAAUCCUAGUGAUCAUGAUCCAAAAACAAUUACAUGAUUUUGGUUGUGAUUUAUGGUAUGUGCUUAAAUCCAA